AUGCCUCACUUUGCAAAACCUCUUUUGAGAAACAUCAUUACCAGAAAUCUAUUCAAUAGCAUCAAGAAGAAGCAAUGUCUCCAGUAUUUGCAAACACUGAGAACACUGCAAUACGAUGGGUUUACAACAGUAUAUUUUGGGGAAACUGAUAUCCCUGAGAGUCUUAUAACUGGGGAAGAUUUUAGUGAUGGUUAUUACAUGCCAACUCCAACCUGGUGUGUUGUGCACGCUGGUGGUAGUCAAGGAUGGGUGCCGUGGAAAUAUCGAAUGUUCCUAAGGGAUGAGUUAUGCAUCAAACAGGAAGACAACCUCUUCUUUGAGUUCUGUGAUGUGGUGAAGAAGGCCUAUGGCAAGUGCGCCGUUGUGGUCAAAGAGAGAAGGCGGCAGGAUGAGACGAGGCCGAAGGAGGGCAAAGAGACUGAGGCCCAGGCCCAUGUCCCCUCGGUGGUUAAGUUAACAAGUGUCACAUGUUGUCCUGAGGUAGCCAAGUCCUAUGGCCAUAAACUACUCACUCUGCCUUCUCCUUACAAUUACCUGAACCCUUUAGACUCAGCCUGGUCUUCUCUGAAAUGGUUCAUCAUCAAUAACAGGAAGGAGUUUUGUCUGCAGUCUGUGGAUGGUGCCUAUUCUUACCAGUAUCUACUCUUCAGUGAUUUAAUCAGCAAAGGAGUUGAAAGGAUAAACCUUAGCAAAUGGAGGACAAUAACUAACAAAGUACGGAGAUGGGAAAAUUACCAUCUUGGUAAAUUUUCUUAA